GGCUGGGCGCGGAUCCGGGUUCUGCGUGCUCGGCGAUGGUAGAGGAGGGGCCCUGGCUCCAGGGGCAGGGGCUGGAAGGGGAAGCGAGGGGAAGAGAGGUCAGGCCCGCCCUCGGGGGCAACAAGCCGGUCCUCGCUCCGAAGGGCUGCCGGGGCUCUGGGCUCGCCUCCUACCUCAGUUUCCCCAAGUCUCUGGUAAGACUCUCCACUAUCACCACCAUGUCCGUAGCAAAAACCCAGCAUCUGGGACUGGGGUAAACUGAGGCACUCAAACUGCGGAGGAGCCCCGCCUCCCAAGAGACAUUUAAUCCGAGGGGAUUUACAGGAAACUUCUAAAUUAAGGGCAGCGGCUGCUGCAGUUGAGGGGGGGCCUUUUGGUCCCUGCGCUUGGGGCAGCUGCCGUGAGCUCAAGCCCUGAAAUAGCCUCAGGGGCCCCAGCCGCAGCUGCCACCGGGCCAGGCUGUCACUCAGAAGAAGCACGGAGCCCCCUGCCCCAAGGUCCCCUCCCUUCCACAGCGCUAGUGUCUUUCUCAGCAGACCGUCCAGCUACUUUCCCUUCCGACGGCUGGGGGGGAUGGGGUGAGGGAGAGGCGGAGCCCUAGGGGGCGGUUCCGAAGGGGUGGGCGUAGGGGGUGGCCGCGCCCCCCCCAACCCUGCUGUGCUUCUGCCCCUACAAGGUUUGGGCUGCAAUGGGGGAGGGUCCUGGCCCCCGGCUCCGCCCGGUCCCUCCCAGCCUUUUAGGCGCCCGCGCGGCUGGGACGUCCCAGCCCCGCUAGGUCCUCCUCGUCCGCCACCCGUGCGCCCAGUCAGCACAGCCAGUCCCGUUCGCCCGGUCCACACUGCCCGCCGGCCGGCCGGUCCCCAACAGCAACCAUGGAUGCCAUCAAGAAGAAGAUGCAGAUGCUAAAGCUGGACAAGGAGAAUGCCAUCGACCGUGCUGAGCAGGCGGAGGCUGACAAGAAGCAGGCUGAAGACCGCUGCAAGCAGCUGGAGGAGGAGCAGCAGGCCCUCCAGAAGAAGCUGAAAGGGACGGAGGAUGAGGUGGAAAAGUAUUCCGAAUCAGUGAAGGAUGCCCAGGAGAAACUGGAGCAGGCUGAAAAGAAGGCCACCGACGCCGAGGCAGAUGUGGCCUCCCUGAACCGCCGCAUUCAGCUAGUAGAGGAGGAGCUGGACCGGGCGCAGGAGCGUCUGGCCACAGCCCUGCAAAAGCUGGAGGAGGCCGAGAAGGCAGCUGAUGAGAGUGAAAGAGGAAUGAAGGUCAUUGAAAACCGAGCCAUGAAGGAUGAGGAAAAGAUGGAGCUGCAGGAGAUGCAGCUGAAGGAGGCCAAGCACAUCGCUGAGGAUUCAGACCGCAAAUAUGAGGAGGUGGCCAGGAAGCUGGUGAUCCUGGAAGGAGAGCUGGAGCGCUCAGAAGAGAGAGCUGAGGUGGCUGAGAGUAAAUGUGGGGACCUAGAGGAGGAGCUGAAAAUUGUUACCAACAACUUGAAAUCCCUGGAAGCCCAAGCGGACAAGUAUUCCACCAAAGAGGAUAAAUAUGAAGAGGAGAUCAAACUGCUGGAAGAGAAGCUAAAGGAGGCUGAGACCCGAGCAGAGUUUGCCGAAAGGUCGGUGGCAAAGUUGGAGAAAACCAUCGAUGACCUGGAAGACGAAGUCUACGCCCAGAAGAUGAAGUACAAGGCCAUCAGCGAGGAGCUGGACAACGCGCUCAAUGACAUCACCUCCCUCUGAGCCCCUCACAGUGUGGCCCCCUCGGCCCCUUCUCUCCUCUCCUUCCCUUUCUCUCUAUGGGGAGGGGGGCAAGCAGAGGAGCAAAAACUGCCAACAUUGCACAGCCUAGGCUGGACGCAGCCUAGGAGAGCCCCUGUCACGUCUGCCACCCACUCUGGCACUUGCUUCAUCCUCCUAUAUCCACCCACUCCCCCCUCCACUCGCCAGCCUCUCUCACUCUCUGCUGCUUAAUAAACUCAACUUGGUCUCUAUGCUGUUUUCCUGCCCUCCAGAGAGCACAUCCAUCGCCCCCCUCAGAGCACUGGUUCACCGCUGAGACACUGCCUCCUUUGAGCACCCCUAAUCUUGUGACCCCUUCCCCACUGAGCUCACCCACAAAGCACCCACUCCGGAAGCCCCUCUGCACAGGCACUCCCACUCUGACUCUCGCUGCUGCAUGUGGGCACGUGUAACUGCAUCGGCCACCAAGGGCCCUUCUGCAGACCCAGGCAUGUCGCUGCCCUGCGAGGGCUCAGCUGCCAUUCCAAGAUCUAAAGGAAUGACUGGAAGGGAAGUGGGGCGGUGAGGUGCAGGGAGGGGCAAGAAGGCUGUGCAAGGUCUGGGAUGAAGUCUGGAAAAACACUGGAUGCCAGCAACGUGGGGCUUUUGCUACAGGUCUGUUUUCUGCCUUGAGUCUGUCUGUCUGUCUGACACUCCCUUUUCCUGGUUCAGUCUUGCUCUUUCUUCCUGUCUCCAACUCUCUUAAACCUUCUAAAGAAGGAGAGUAAAUUCAUUUAGGACUCAGGCCUUCCCAAAGCUUUGAGGCGUCCCCCCAUCUGUCCUGGUCAGUCCAUCAUUUGCCCCAGCCACGGGUCCUCAGACCCCUGAGUGCUUGUGACCUCCUGUGCCUCCAACCCACUCCGUGCUUAUUUGUCACGCCCCCCGUCCGUACCUCCCCAUGUUUCUCCCCUCGUGUCUCCCCUCCCCCUGCUCACGGUUGCUUCCCCUCACAGAGACCUUGGCCAGUGCCAAGGAGGAGAACGUGGAGAUUCACCAGACCCUCGACCAGACCCUGCUGGAGCUCAACAACCUGUGAGGGCUGGUCCUGCCCUGAGCCAGGCUAUAGUUGCCUCCCCAGCCAAUAAACCUGUUGGUACCAGCA